UCUAAGAUAUUUUCUUGCGCUACCAAAAGGAUAUUAUAGCAAACGAAGGCCUCUUUGUAAACAAAAAAUGAAGCUUUGGGCACCAAAGCUUGAGGCUUUUCUUAGAUUUAGUUCAAUCUUUCUAUUGCUUAUGACAUCCUUGCUAAUAGGGUUAGAUUCAGAGACAAAGUCUGUUGUAUACAUGGAGAAAAAGGUCACAUGUAAAGACUUGAAAGCGCUCUUAGUUUUGGUUUAUGUGGAUGCUGUAGCUGCUGCUUAUAAUCUUCUUCAACUAAGUAGAUGCUUUAAGGCUUCUUAUAAAUCUGAAGCUUCUUAUAGAUCUGUUGCUUGGAGUUGCUUCUUGUUGGAUCAGAUUGUAGUGUACAUUACAUUUGCGGCGACAGCAGCAGCAAUAGAGCACUCAGUUUUAGUGGUGGUUGGCGCUAAUGCCUUUCAGUGGAUGAAGUGGUGCAACAGGUUCACAAGAUUUUGCUUCCAAAUUGGUGGCUCUUUGUUCUGCAGCGUCACAGCUUGUGCCUUGAUGGUCUUCAUUUCUUCCAUUUCUGCCUUCAAUUUGUUUAGGCUUUAUUCACCCAACCAAUUUCUGCUCUUAAAGAGCACAUAAUUAUAUCAAUUCUGUAUUAGUAUGAAGUUGGAUUGUGUUAUAGAAGCCAUUAAGGUAUGUUAUUAGGUUUCUAUUCAUUAAUCCAUUAGCUUCAUCUCAUGGAAAUGUUUUAUAAAAACUCACUUUCUUAUGGUAAAUACUAUAAGUGACUCAAUUUCAUAUCA